AGCGCCCGUUGAGAACAGUCGGACUGAUACAAUGUUUCUGGGAAGAGAAUUGGGUUUGGCCCUGAUAUCGUUAAUCUCGGGGUUCCUCUUCAGCGACAAUCGUAGCAAUCCCGAAGGAUACGUCCGUGAUACAUCGGCCAUUCGGAGCGAAUAUGACUUUAUUAUCAUCGGAGCUGGAUCAGCAGGAGCAGUAAUAGCUAACCGGUUAACCGAAAUUGAAGGAUGGAACGUUCUGCUGUUAGAGGCAGGAGACGAUGAGAGUAUCACUGGGCAAAUUCCACUUUUUGCUGCCAGCCUGCAAUUGACGAAUGUCGAUUGGCAAUACAAAACGGAGCCUCAAGCCAAUGCAUGUCAAGGAUAUAUCAAUCAAAAGUGCAAUUGGCCUCGAGGUAAAAUGCUGGGCGGAAGUUCGUCCAUCAAUUACAUGUUGUAUGUUCGAGGAAACAAACGCGAUUACAACAAAUGGAGAGAUGAUGGAAAUACUGGAUGGGGAUACGAUGAUGUCCUGCCAUAUUUCCUGAAAUCUGAAGAUAAUCAAAAUCCAACUCUUGCCGGAACAAAAUAUCACGGCAAAGGUGGAUACUUGACGGUCGGAGAGGCUGCCUAUCGUUCACCAUUAGGUGCUGCGUUUAUUCAGGGAGGAGUAGAAAUGGGUUACGAAAAUCGUGACUGUAAUGGCGAAUUCCAGACAGGUUUCAUGAUUCCUCAGGGAACGGUACGUCGUGGAAGACGUUGUUCGACUUCGAAAGCAUUUUUACGGCCAGUUCGUCAUCGGAGAAAUCUUCACAUUUCUAAAAAUUCACGCGUUUUUAAAAUUAUUAUUGAUCCAAUUACAAAGGUAGCAACGGGCGUAGAGUUUGAAAAGAAAGGAAGAACGUAUAUCGUUAAAGCUAGCAAAGAAGUUGUAUUGUCUGCCGGAAGUAUUGCAUCUCCACAAAUCUUGAUGUUGAGCGGAGUGGGUCCAGCAGCUCACCUGAUGGAGAAAGGCAUUACGCCCAUUUUGGACCAGCAAUAUGUUGGUGAAAACUUGCAUGAUCAUGUCGGUCUCAUUGGAAUGGUUUUCUUAAUUGAUAAGCCAUACUCUGUAAUAUCAGCCGCAAGAGUCAUGAAUUUGCCAGUAAUCCUGAAUUAUACUCUUUUUGGAGGAACUACUAUGUCACUGUUGGGAGGUGUGGAAGGACUGGCAUGGGUCAAAUCCCAAUAUGCUAGUCAGGUAGAUGACUGGCCAGACAUUCAAUUACAUUUCGGUUCCGGCAGUGAAAUAUCCGAUGAUGGAACUGCCGUCCGUUUCGCCCAUGGUUUUCCGGAUGAUGUAUGGGAAAAGUACUACAAACCAAUUCUUAACAAAGAUAGUUGGACCAUUUUCCCUUUAUUUUUGAGACCAAGAUCCCGUGGAAAUAUUCGACUCAAUUCCAAGGAUCCUUAUGACAAACCUCUCAUCAAUCCAAAUUACUUUAAAGACCCAUAUGAUUUGAAAAUCACCAUUGAAGCAGUCAAGAUCAGUAUAGCUCUGAGUAAAACAGAAGCUUUAAAGAAAAUGGGUUCCAGGUUGUAUGAUAAACCUUUCCCAGGAUGUGAAGGAUUCCAGUUGUGGACAGAUGAUUACUGGGGAUGCUGGAUAAAGAGAUCUAGUUUUACAUUGGCUCACACCGUUGGCACUUGCAAAAUGGGUCCAGACACAGACCCCACAGCAGUUGUUGAUCCUCAGUUGAGACUUCGAGGUAUUAAAAACUUGCGUAUAGCCGAUACUUCCAUCAUGCCAUCAGUACCUAGUGGAAACACGAAUGCCCCAACGAUAAUGGUUGGAGAGAAAGCAUCAGACCUGAUUAAGCAAACCUGGUUAUAGUAAUGUGAAAAUACCCAAAUUGUAUUUAAAAUCAAACAUAAACUGUAAUACAACUAAGGGUAACAAAAAGAAACAA